GUGAGUAGGCUAAACCACACGGUGAGUAGGCUAAACCACACGGUGAGUAGGCUAAACCACACGGUGAGUAGGCUAAACCAUACGGUGAGUAGGCUAAACCACACGGUGAGUAGGCUAAAGUGGUUAUCAUCUACUUCUCCUGCGACAUCUGCAGCAUCGGGUUCAGGUUCCGUAAGAGUCUGUAUAGACACAUGGUGCUGAAGCAUCGGUACAUGUACACUUGCAAGCUGUGUAAGGAGGUGUUCACGACACGAGCACAAGCCAUCGAACACAGUGACGAGGUUCACGCGAAGAAGCAUCCGUGCGAGGAAUGUGGGAAGACAUUUAAGAACUCAAUAAAGUUACAACAGCACGUGAAGGCCAAGCACGCUAAAUAUAUCCCUUGCAACAUGUGCGGGAACGCAUUUAGAUCAGAGAAGAUCUACUACACGCACCAGCUGCGCGAACACGAAUAUAUCAGCAUAAACGACCCGUUACUAGGCGACCCUAACCACAAAUGCAGCGACUGCAAUGUGCAGUUCAUAGACCGACGCAGUCUAGAGCGGCACCUCGUCACCAUGAACCACGCAGGCGCGGACUUGGUCCAGUUCGCGUGCAUACCCUGCAAGAAGCUGUACGAGACUGAGGAAGAAUUGGAGACGCAUUUCAUCAUAUGCAGAGCGGCGAGGAACUACCCUCGCAAGUGCUGCUACGUAAGUACAGUGAGCCAUCUGUACACACACCUGCAAUAA